CGGUGGUAGGCGCGGCUGUGACGUGUACAGGACGCGCCUUGAUGCGGUGUAGGGCCCUGGAAGGUUAGCAGCUGCCUAUCGGAUUGGAGGUCGUCAGUGUCAUUAUAUCCCAGCGAGCACAGUAACCCGCCGGCCGCCCAUGCAAAAGAUGUUAUCCCUCCUGUCCCGUGUGCUGCAGGGCCCGGCCCACAAACCUGUCACCGGGGCUACUGCUGAGGCCGUUCGUGUUAUGGUGGCAUCACGUAACUAUGCAGACUUCGCAUCAGAAGCUACAUUUGACGUCAAGAAAUGUGAUGUACAUCGUUUGGAUGAGGCUCCUCCAACACAAGCUGUUCUUACACGGGAGCAGGGCCUGCAGUAUUACAGAACCAUGCAAACCAUCCGGCGAAUGGAGCUAAAGUCGGAUCAGCUUUAUAAGCAAAAAAUUAUCAGAGGGUUCUGCCAUCUUUAUGACGGUCAGGAAGCCUGUUGUGUUGGUAUGGAAGCUUCAAUAAACCCUACUGACCACCUAAUCACCGCUUAUAGAGCACAUGGAUACACCUACACCCGUGGAGUGUCCGUGAAAGAGAUCCUAGCUGAACUCACAGGUAGAAAAGGUGGCUGUGCAAAAGGCAAAGGAGGAUCUAUGCACAUGUAUGCGAAGAACUUCUAUGGUGGAAAUGGUAUUGUGGGAGCUCAGGUACCCCUUGGAGCAGGUAUUGCCUUAGCCUGCAAGUAUUUUGGGAAGGAUGAGAUUUGUUUGGCUCUAUAUGGUGAUGGUGCUGCUAAUCAGGGUCAGAUUUUUGAAACUUACAAUAUGGCUGCUCUGUGGAAGCUGCCCUGUAUCUUUAUCUGUGAAAAUAACCGAUAUGGUAUGGGUACAUCCGUGGAGAGGGCCGCAGCCAGCACAGACUAUUUUAAACGUGGAGACUACAUCCCAGGACUGAGGGUUGAUGGCAUGGAUGUUCUAUGUGUCAGAGAAGCUACAAAGUUUGCAGCUGAUCAUUGUAGAUCUGGAAAGGGUCCUAUUUUAAUGGAACUUCAGACUUACCGAUAUCAUGGGCACAGUAUGAGUGAUCCUGGAGUUAGCUACCGCACACGAGAAGAGAUUCAGGAAGUAAGAAGUAAAAGUGAUCCAAUCACCCUCCUUAAGGACAGAAUGUUAAAUAACAAUCUAUCUAAUGUGGAAGAAUUAAAGGAGAUUGAUGUUGAAGUACGGAAGGAAAUUGAAGAAGCAGCACAGUUUGCAACCACCGAUCCAGAACCACCAUUGGAGGAGCUCGGAUACCACAUUUAUAGAAAUGAACCAACCUUUGAUGUUAGAGGAGCGAACCUUUGGAUCAAAUACAAAUCUGUCAGCUAGAUCUUGUUUCAUCACUCCAAAAGCCUGUUACUUUAGUGCCCUUUUAAUGGAAACUGUUUCAUAUUUUUUUUUUACCCUCUCCAUCAGUGCUGGAGGUCAUAGUCUGUCCUCCAGUUCAUACCUUCUGUUUUAAACCAUUGGGGCAUAUUAUGUGUUAAAGACUAUAUAUAUAUUUCAGCCCGCCCAUUGCCUUACAUUGUACUGACGAUGCUUUCGAUAUUCCCAACUUAUUUCUUUCUCUUGAAAUAAUCUAUUUAUAGGAAAAUGUUCAUUUUAAUCCAGAAAGCUAAUCAUGUCAUACCAUGUAUGCAAACUACUUCAUUAAAAUCGGGCAUAAAUUA